UUCAUUCAGAAACAAAUUCAGGGAGGUAACCUGGUCCGUUUCAUAAGGCAAGAUGGCUGGCCGGAUGGUCUUUCACCUGGCUGUGACCUGCUUUGCUGUAAUGUCUAUGGAGAGAAGAAGCUUUGGAGAAGAAACAGAAGCCAGCUGCUGUGCACAGUUGAAGGGCUUAUCGCAGUGUGGAACGGACAAGUUCUUUUUCCAAGGUCAGGCAGGCACCCCAGGAAUUCCCGGCAUCCCAGGAACAAAUGGGUUACCCGGGAUGAAGGGAGACCCCGGCCCCCAGGGCCCCCCAGGUGACAGAGGCCCCGAUGGGGCACUUGGGAAAGCUGGACCCAAGGGAGAGAAAGGAGACCAGGCGGCAGGAGCCAAAGACUGCAAAGAGCUUCUCAGACGUGGAGAGACACUGAGUGGUUGGUAUACAAUCUACCCUGCCACGGGGAAAGCAAUGGCCGUCUUCUGUGACAUGGAGACUGAUGGAGGAGGCUGGCUGGUUUUCCAGAGGCGGCAAGAUGGAUCAGUGGAUUUCUACCGUGACUGGUCAUCCUACAAAAAUGGGUUUGGAAACCAAGCAUCAGAAUUCUGGCUGGGCAAUGAUAAAAUCCAUCUACUCACAAUCACAGGAACACAGCAGUUGAGGAUUGAGGUGAAGGACAUGAGUGACACUAGAACUUAUGCAACGUACACUAAUUUCAAAAUCUCAAGUGAGGAAGAAAAUUACACACUGUUAGUGGGCUCUUAUAUAGGUGGCAACAUGGGUGAUUCAUUUUCAGGGCACAGUGGCUUUGCAUUCUCCACACGAGACAGGGACAAUGAUGGCUAUGAAUCAGGAAGCUGUGCUGUGAUGUAUAAGGGAGGCUGGUGGUAUAGUCAUUGCCACACAUCCAACCUGAAUGGCCUGUACCUCAGGGGGGAACAUACCUCUUAUGCUGAUGGCAUCAACUGGGUUGCUGGAAAGGGACACCAUUAUUCUUACAAAUAUGCAGAAAUGAAAAUUCGACCUCAGUAAAUGAAAUCUCUCUCUCUUGAGGCUGUUCUAUAAACACACCUUAAUUCUUUUUAAAAUCUGCCUCAAAUUUAUGGGAAGAUAAUUUUUAUUAUGUCUGCACCUGGCAUAGCAAACCUUGAAUGCUGGGCAUUUUAAAUACUGGGUGCAAGGUCUUUAAUAUCCCUAUAAAGUCUGUAUGUAGUUGAGCUCUCUUUUAAACUUGCACAUGGAUGCCUAUAUGAGACAGAGGGGACAUCAAUAGCCCAGUCUGUUGACCGGAAAAGAGCAAUGUACUGGUGAUGCUCAGUUGUCCCUUGCGUUGGAUUUCUUUUUGCCCAGUUUUAAAUGCUGCCUGUUAUUUGUCAUGAAAUACAUGACAAAUGUAUUUCAUGACAAAUCGAUGUCUUUCAGAAACAGUUAAAAACAUGGCUGUUUGGUCAUGCUUUCGACUAAACAAGUCUGUUAUACCUGACCCUUAUCUAUAUUGAAACUUCCUUGUCACUUUACAACUGUAUUUCCACCUAGAUUCAUCUUCCCUUUUAUAUUUUUUCCAAGUAUGCCUAUCUUGAUAUAGAUACUUUUAUCAGUUUGGAUUGUUGCCCAUUUAUGUUCUAUAUUGGACUUUUUUACUGGCAUAUGGUGAUUGUUAGUAAUUUUAUUAUUGUGUCUUAAUGAUGUCUUUUAACUAUGUUUUGUUUAAAUUGUUUUUAUUAUGAUGCUUUUUGUAUGACGGAUGACCUUCUGAUGUUAAAUGUGAUUGACUGGGCUUGCUCCCCAUGUGAGCCGCUCCGAGUCCCCGUUGGGGGAGAUGGAGGCGGCAUACAAAAAUAAAGUUGUUAUUAUUAUUAUUA